UUCCUCCUCUCCCAUUGGCCCCUGGGAGACCGAAGCCGCUAUUGUUAAUAGAUUGGGCGGGGCCCAAUCCAGGGAGGGUCGGGUCUUUAAAAGCUUUUUUUGCCCGGUUCCAAGAUGGCGCUCAUGACCACGCAGAGAAAGCAGCGUGAAGCCGCAGCUCUGCCAUCACUCAAGAUGGCUGCCCCCAUCAAGAUGACCGCGGUGUGCGGGGGGGAAGGGGCGGCAUGAGGGUCUGAGACGGGCUAGUGUCGGACCAUGUGGGAGUUUCGGGGGCUGGGGAGUCGGCUGAUGGGGGGUGCGGCCCGUGGGGGGUAGAGGGAGGAAUAGCAUCUUCCCUGGGCCAGCCCCGGCCCCUCCCCGCCUCCUGGACUCAAAUGGGGAACACGUUGGGCCUGGCACCGAUGGGGGCUUUGCCCCGCCGGAGCCCCCGUCGAGAGGAACCUCUGCCCAACCCCGGGAGCUUCGAUGAGCUGCACCGCCUGUGCAAAGAUGUAUUCCCAGGACAGAUGGAGGGUGUGAAGCUGGUUGUCAACAAGGUUCUGAGCAGCCAUUUCCAGGUGGCUCACACCGUGCACAUGAGUGCUCUUGGCCUGCCCGGCUAUCACCUCCAUGCAGCCUACGCAGGGGACUGGCAACUUAGCCCCACUGAGGUUUUCCCCACUGUGGUAGGGGACUUGGACAGCAGUGGCAGCCUUAACGCCCAGGUCCUGCUCCUCUUGGCAGAACGGCUCCGAGCCAAGGCCGUCUUCCAGACACAGCAGUCCAAGUUCCUGACAUGGCAAUUUGAUGGCGAGUACCGGGGAGAUGACUACACAGCCACUCUGACCCUCGGAAAUCCUGACUUGAUUGGGGAAUCGGUGAUCGUGGUCGCUCACUUCCUGCAGAGCCUCACUCAUCGGUUGGUGUUGGGAGGAGAGUUGGUUUAUCACCGGCGGCCAGGCGAAGAGGGGGCCAUCUUGACACUGGCGGGGAAGUAUUCGGCUGUACACUGGGUAGCUACGUUGAAUGUGGGAUCAGGUGGGGCCCAUGCAAGUUAUUAUCACAGAGCGAAUGAACAGGUUCAGGUUGGAGUGGAGUUUGAGGCAAACACGAGGCUACAAGACACAACCUUCUCCUUUGGUUACCACCUGACCCUGGCCCAGGCCAACAUGGUGUUUAGAGGCUGGGUGGACAGUAACUGGUGUGUGGGUGCAGUGCUGGAAAAGAAGGUGCCCCCGCUGCCCGUCACCCUCGCCCUCGGGGCCUUCCUCAACCACUGGCGCAACAGAUUCCACUGUGGCUUCAGCAUCACUGUGGGCUGAGGUGGUUCCGGAGCCCCUCCAGCAGCUGCAAGCUCUGAGUCAGGUGCCCAGGGCCAGAGACUAGGCCCCUCUCCAGAACCCACCUUGCUGGGUGACCUCUGGGCCUGAGGAGCAGAGUGGGGGACAGGAUCACGCCCUCCUCAGAACUGGAGCUGCCACAGGGCGCUGAUGAGUCGGUGGCUUGAGGGCCCACCUCCGCCGCCAGCGCGUCAUCUGUCUGUGCUGUGGCUCUGGACUGAGGAAGAAGGGUUAGGGGUCUGCCUGGCUGAGUUGUCUCCCUCAUGGCCCCCCUUCACCUCCCUGUGGAUUAAAGCUCCUCACCUGUUCCUCUUCAGAGCAGGAAAGUCUACAUGGAACGAGCACCCAUCCUGUUUUCCAUCCCAGAGCCUUCCAAGGCUGGGAAAGAAUCUCGACCUCAGAAAGUGGGGCCACCCAUUCCCAGAAGGAGCUUCCUUCUUCCCCACCUUCUGUGCUUCCAGAGAACACUUUUACCACCGUGGCCACCCCCGCUCCCCCACGACUGCAUGAAGAGGCAGUUAGUGCUUUAGGCUUUCAUUAAAACCACAUGGCUCCCUUCUGGUCCCAGCGCUUGCCCUUCCCAGUCCAGUGUGUCCGGGGGGCCGGGGCAGGCGCGCUGGCUCAGCUGCAGAUCUCCUGGAGCAGAGGCAUCAUGGCAGACAGCCCCUGGAUGUGCUGGAUUUGGGGUCCGUACGCAUUGUUAAUGCUCCAGAGCUCAGCCAGCAGGCCUAGCAGCUUCGCAUACAGAAAUCUUUGGAGGCGGAGGUAGUGGGGUCACUGGGGAAAGAAGGGAAAUAUAGCAGCCGAGUCCUGUCCUGAGGCCCGAUUCCCCAAACAGCCCCUCAGUGAAGCUAGGUCUGAACACCAGAGGAAACCAUGACAGACUUAGUAGAGGUUCCAGAGGUCCCCAAGGGCCUUUGGCUGACACUGUCUUCUCACCAUGCCAUUUUGAACCCAGAGCUCUGAGGGUCCCUAAUGAAGAAAGCCCCAGACUUGGUGAGAACUUCAGCUGUGUGGAAUCUGAAGAUCCAGCCUUCCAGAGUGGUUCCAGCAGGGGUGUGUGCUGUGGCCUAAGGCACCCCUCUUCCAGCCGGGAGGGAAGGGAGCGCACCUUUGGGCCUGGGGAGGGGACUGCUGAGCCAGGCGUGUUGGCCGUGAGGCUGUGAAUGAGCAUGAUUCCGAGGGGGAUGAAAAAUGGAAGGGCGGGCUCUGCGCAGAGGGAAAGGUGGGAGAGUGAGUGGCCUUCAUGGAAGGCUGCGCAUCUGGAGAGGCUGGAUGGUGAGGUGUGGGUGUCACCAGUCUCAGGAAUGCUGUGAUACAGAGUCUGUGAGCAACCUCUCUGCAUCUCUUCUGAAUAAAACAUCUGGAAAAACUGAGAUGAAA